AUGGCACCCCCUUUGUCGUACGGAACAGUCUCGACUAAGGCUGGGCAACUUUACUAUGAGCAGGAAGGAAACCAUUCGGGUCCAACCAUUCUGUUCAUCCACGGCCUUGGAGGAACUGUGAACCUGUACCAGCCUUUGAUGGUGUCAUUAUGUGACUUCAAUAUUGUUCGCUUUGAUUGGGCUGGGCAUGGACGGAGUGCGGUUCCAAAGUCUACAAGUAUCGACAGCUAUGUUGAUGAUGUCCUUGCAAUCAUCACGCACCUUUCUUUAAAACAUGUGACCGUGGUCGCCCACUCGCUUGGAGGCUUGGUGGCAAUGAACCUAGCUGCAAAGCACCCGGAGCAUGUUGAUUCGCUCGUUCUAUUCGGGCCUUUGAGACCGCCGCCGGAGUUUGGUCGACAAGGCGCGGCGGCGCGAGCCGACGCCGUCCGUCGUUAUGGCAUGACUGAAGUGGUUGACACUGUCCUCGGAAAUUCCUUUCCGCCUGGAUUUUUGACCAGUAAGCCUGAGGUUGCAGCGCUGGGUCGCGAGCUACUAUGCCGACAACCGCCGGAGGGCUAUGCACUGGCCUGCUUGGCCCUCUCAAAUUCUGUUGAGCCACAGUGGGAUGCCAUCAGGGCACCCACAACCAUUGUUAGCGGCAACUUAGACAAGGUCUCGAGGCCGGAGAUCUGCUCUUCUAUAAAGCAGGCACUGGAGCCGAGUUGUGCUGUGAGUUUCAUAUCUUGGGAUGGCGUGGGGCAUUGGUAUCCGCUGGAGAGACCAACGGGGUGCGCGGAGAUAAUUCGCAGCGCCGUACAUAGUUAG